AUGGGCACUGAUGGCCGCAAGGAAGGUUCAGCUGUUGUUGACACCAAUGUCAAGGUCUAUGGAAUGGACAACCUCUUCGUUGCCGAUGUUGGCAUCCAUCCCGAUCUUGCUACUGGUGAUGUCGAGGCUAUUGUCACCGUUGCGGCCGAGGUCACAGUCGCUAAGAUCCUCGCCUGUCAAACAACCUUUCCGAAGUCUUCGACUAUCAGGGACAUACUAUAUAUUACAGUGACAGUGAAAUCCUGCAUUUAG